UUGUUACAAUGGGAUAAAAACUAUGGCUCACAAUUUAAGAAAGAUUUAUCUUGGCGUGGGUAGAUCUGUAAUCAUUUAGUUGUCUGAUCCUCCUAUUCACUGAGGGAUGAUGAUCAGAAAGGAGGGCUAUAAUCAUCGAAAUCCCAGACUGAUACUUUACCGCCUUUCUAAAUGCAGGGAAAGCAGAGAUGGUGUGACGUCACUACGCAGAGAAAAGGUGCUGCAGGAUAGUGUCAUCGUCUGCUGCUCUACGGAAAACUCUGGACCGGAAGCAGGCUACUACACGGAGACUCCGGACUCUGAUGACAGCAUGGUCGGUCGGACAGCUUUCUCACGCCUCGAUCCGGCUACCCUGAAGUAUAUUGGAUGGGCGCCCAGUGAUGUAGAAUUACGAGAAGAAACGAUAGAUUUACCAGAAUUUAUCAAGAGCGACAAAGAUAAUGAAAAUUUGUGCCGGUUAUCCAAGGUGGAGUUUAAGAAGCUCACAGAACAGGUGCGAGAUGUCAGCAUGAACCUUCGGAAUAAAUUCAGGACUUCUGCUUAUCAGAUAUUUGAACUGCCUUACACAGUGACAAAAGUGAAGUUGUAUCAGCAGCCUUCUCCCGUGGAGACAGGAGCCCAGAUCUAUCGGUCUCAGCUGGCUGCUAGUCUGAAGGCGUUCAAACCCAAAGACUGGCCACCCCUGGACUAUCACGAGAAGGAAACUUCUUUCCUAAGGUGUCGCCCAAUACAACAACCCCAGCCCGACAGAGCCCCCACCCCUCCACCUUCAAGAUGUUAUGCACAGCGCAUGCGCAGGCCUCGGUCAGUGCCCGCUAACGCCCGACGCUGUGAGACACCGAGUGAUGUUAGACCAGGUCCAUUUGAUUCCUUAAACCCUCGAGUGUUAUCGUCCCUAAUUGGUGACUCUUACAAACAGCAGACAUUCGGAGAUCGAAUUCCCGGAAGUGACAACGAAAAAGAUGAUGAAGAUGACAGUGAGAAAUUAAAAGCUGAAAAAAGCAAAAGGAGCAAGGAGAAAGAUGAAGACAAUAGCACAAGCGGAAUUGAAAGCAGUCAGACUGACGACGACAGUAGCGGAAGUAGCUCUGAUGACGAAGAUAGUGAUUUUGAACCGGAAAUCGAUAAAAAUCGAGAAGUUCCGGAUCUAAUACUCAGACCCGAAAAACUGGAUUCGUUCGUCGUUCCAGAUUCCUCUAAAGGAUGGCGGAAGUACGACUUUGAUGCAGAUCAUGUUGACAUCCCUCCAUAUGAAUUCGCUGACCCCAUUCCCGAACCAUUUAGUGACUUGGAUUUACGGCAAAUGGCAAGGUUAAAAUGGAACUGGAGGGAUCAUACACGAGCUAAAGCGAAAGACAAUUUAGACUUAAUGCUAGACCGUCUGGUUGAGUUAGAACGUCUUCAAAUAGAUACAGAGGAGUGGGAAUGUAAACGAUCUCAGGUAAACCGGAAAUCAAAGCGUGUUACGAGUGCCAAGCCUAUAAUACGUGAUCGCAGAUGCUGUAACAGGUGUUUACAGCCUGCUUGUACCGGGGACUGUCCCGAGAAAAAUGUGCAAUUUAAUGUAUGUGAAUAUUGUAGACAAGUAUUCUGUAUUAGUUCUCAAUGUAAAGAGACAAAAUAUGAUCAACGCAUGCGUCAGCCUCGUAUCGACGAGGAAAAGCAAACGCAAAGUAAACCUCUACCACGUGCUUGUAAAUCUUGUCAGUUAAAAAAUAAUGCAAAGAUGAUAAACGCAAACAACUUACUUUUAGGACGACCGAAGUCGGGGAAUACAACAUACAGCCGUGGACAAGCGUCUUUCAAACCCAAAGAUCUCAGACCUCGGCCGGACACGCCCGUCAGUCCCGAUAUUGUAAGGGACUUUGAAAAAUUAGGACUACAGGCCCACCAACCUCCAAAACCAGCUACACCUACACAAAGGGUGCCCCGACCGCGCAGUCGCAACGCAAUAAUCCCUGGAAAGACAUUUUACUCCCAAAGACGAGAUUCUAUAUCAGAAAAUGAAAAAGAGACCUUGACUAACCUAAAGCGAAAGAAAAUGAGAAGCAUACGAGUUCGGAGACCUAAAACAGCUGUGUAACAUUUUUUAUAGAGCGGAAAUGAAAUUUAAACAAUUAAAACAUAUUUAUUAUAUUUUUAAAUUUUAAAGACAUGAUUUAAACAAUACGAAGGAAUAGUUUAUCAAUAGCUUUUCUCUUGGGAAAUAAAUUGUUUAUCUUCUUAUUAAUGUAAGGUUUUAGAAUGGAAGAUUGAAUAUUAUUAUAGAUUUUGCUUGAUACGCAAUAUACAUGAAAAAGAAACAA